UGCCCGAUUGGUCAGACUUCAGAACCCUAGCGUCCAGUCCCACUCGCGCUCCUCUCCUUCGCUCUUGCAGCCGUCGCCGCGCUCCUGUCCUCCUCCGCCGCGCCGCCGCCGCUCGCCCUGCUCCCCAUCCUCGGCCCCACACCCGUCUAGGCGUCUCCUCCUCCUCCCCACCCCAUUGGCGGUCGGCAGUAGGAGCGCAGCUCGCUGCCGCCCCCUUGGAAGAGGUCCGGUUGCCUGCCCCACCACCACCCACCAGCAGGAGACCCCCGCCACCCCUCCAUCGCGUUCAUCGGAGGAGCGUCGUCAUCCAUUCACACAGCUGCUCCGCCCGAAGGCGUCACCAUAGACGGGAAGACUCGGUGUCGUCGCCGUCAUGCUCGCGUGCACCCGUCAGGAGGACUGCGGCCCUUCUCUCGCGCCGCUGGCGGGCGACCGGCGCAUCCAGGUCCCAGAGUGGCCCUCUCCGGCUCUCAACUCGGGGAGCCGCUGCUAUGAGCGCCGGAUGCCCUCGAGAUGGUCGGAGCUGUAGCGCCUCCAAUUCCGGCUCCAUCUCCACCCUUACAGAUGGUUUACGUCUUAACUGUCUACAACAAAAGGGAUAAGCAGCACUGCAUCCAGAUCCAUGUGCACCGUGAAAUUCCAGAUGGUAUCAGUGUGCCCACAGAACUCCAGAGUGUUGAUGAUUACCCAGACAACCAGUUCACAUUCAGUGUCAAGCACUUGGCUCCAAUAUCACUGACAUGCCUUAUGCCUCCAUCAUACCUGAGCCAUCAUCCUCCAUACUUCUUUCUCAGUGUACAGUGGUUGGAUACUGUGAAGGUCUCAACCCUUUGUCACAUGCUUGAAUCGAUUUGGGCACAUCAGUCUGCACAGGAAGUUGUUUUUGAGUGGGUGCAGGGCUUUACGCUCUCUCAUCUUGGUUUUGAUGGCGGGAUAAUCAUACGCAUGUCUGAUAGUACGAUGGCUCCUGUGGAUGCUCGGGUUGUUGGAGAGAUUCUGUCUGUAGAGGAUGUUGUUCAACGGUUGAUCAACUACGAUGAAGAGCAAUGCCUUGAAACAUUUAUUCGGGGCCUCCAUGUCUGCGCAAUUUGUUUCAGUGAGCACCCAGAUAAUUCAGAUGCUCCAUUUGAUUCUUGGAUACUCUCCCUGCUGCUCAUUUCACAACUACAUCUUCAUUGUAACUUAAAUUUGUUGUUUUGAAACAGUAAGGGAGAACACUACUGAUACAGUAUAUAUUGGACACUGAAUUGCUGCUCCAUGGAGCCAGGGCACCAUGAUUUAUGCACAAAUCAAACAAAAUUUUGGUACUGUUUUUUGAAA